AUGCAUAUCCACAAGCUGCGCAAGAAGGUAAAGAAGAAGAAGGAGGGAAAGUACUUCACCAGGAAGAGUAUAGUAAAGAAGCUAUACCUGAAGGAAAAGGAGUUCCGGAAGCUUUGUAUUUUUAAGGGAAUCUACCCCAAAGAUUUUAAGGAAAUCCCAUUGAAAUUCCGAAACAAGUUCUACAGGCAAAAGGUAUUCUACUCCAAAAAUGACUUCAAGAAAUUGGCCCAUGAAAAAAUUAUCCAAGAUUUUCGAAAAAUCACAGCAUAUUUGAAAAAGUAUAAAAAAUAUAAACUAGCAUUAGAGGAUAAGGAAAAAUGUAAAAACUUAAUAAAAAAUUUCCCCAAGUAUAAAUUAGACCAUAUAAUUAAGGAAAGGUUCCCUGUAUUUUCCUACGCAAUAGAAGAAUUAGACGAUGCUCUAAGUGCAGUAGUCGCUUAUUCGUUACUUCCUUCCAACGAGAAGGUCGGAAUUAUGAACCGAUUUGUUACCAACUGUGAAGUCCUAAAGAAUCACUUUCAUCACUACGUUUACAAAACGAACAGAAUAAAAAAAGGGUUUAUAACUGUAAAGGGAUACUACCUACAGGCAGAAAUUUUACAGAAAAAAGUUACCUGGCUUAUCCCCCAUACAUUUACGCCUUACUUAGACAACACCAUAGACUUUUCCAUCAUCACCAAUUUUAUCGAGUACUACAUCUGUCUGCUCAAAUUUGUCCUCUUCAAACUUUACAAAAUGCACAAUAUGACAUACCCCCCUGAGCAGAGCGAACUGCUGAAAAAUGAAAAACUCAAACACCUUUCAUACGAUGAGUAUUUAAUUUCGCUCUGCAAGGAGAGGUUCCCUAGUCAGCACACACUGGAUAGCGGUCUUGUAGCAGACGCCCACCCUGUGGAAACUGCACCAGAGGAGGGUGCCCCCCAAGUAGGAGAACAAAGCCAAAGUGAAAACCACCACGAAGAAGAAGAAAUAAAACACGACAUAGAUGAACAAAAUGAUACCCUCAAGGAUCUGUUCAAAAAUCAAGUAUAUUAUAUCCACACGGACAUGCCGCUCGAGAUACUCUCCCUCAUUAUCCUCUCCUGUGGAGGUGCGGUCGGAUGGAAUUCCCCCUAUUCGCCUUAUCAUCUGGGGGAUGACAAAAUCACGCACGAAAUAUUAGAACCCUAUGGAGAAGGAAAACAAAUAGAGCAGCAAAAAAUUGAAAGGAUGUAUGUACAACCACAAUACAUAUUCGAUUGCCUGAACAGGAAGAAAAUCCUUCCAUGUAGUGACUACUCCGUGGAUGUGAAAAAUUUACCUGUGCACCUCUCUCCAUUCAUUGAAGACGAUAACUUUAAAAAUUUCGUGAAAAAGGAGGAAUACACGAUUAACAAACUGUUGAAUGAAGAGGCAGAGAAAAAUGGCCAAAACAGUGACGCAGAGGAGACAAAAGAAUAUGAACACGGUCAGGAAAAUAAAGACGAGGAAUUCCUCAAAUCAGACGAUGAAGUAAGUAAGGAAAAACUGCAACUACUUAGAAAUGCAUGCUUAAAUAACCAGAUGGAGUUGGAAGAUGAAGACAAUUACGUUCCAAUCGGGGAAACCAUCACGAAUGGUGCGCACAAUGCCAAGGAGGUGCAUUCAGAACAAACGAGGGAAAAUAUACAGAGACAUAAAAUCGCCCUCAGUAAAAAGAAGCGAAAGUUGUACACAAGAAUUGAAAGAGCCGAAAAGAAACAAAAAAUGGCCAUCAACAAGUUUAUUAAUAAAGCAAAAGCGAAGAAACUAACUGGGGGGUCGAAAAAAAAAAACAAAAAUUGA